AUGGUCACCCAACGCAGGUACUCCGUUACGGGUCAGACACCACCCGACGACGCCGAAGCCAUGAAGGCGCGCUCGCCCAAGCUCCAGUCUCUCGACACCAGUGUCCAAGCGCCGCCCUGUGGAUACUGCGACGCCGCGGCCGAAUUGAGCGCCAGCGGCGAUGACGGCGCAUCCGAGCAGCGGAGAGGGAGGAAGAUGGGCCCCAACGGCACCAUUGUACGCACAUCGAGCAAACGAUCCGCAACCCAGCUGCCCUCGCCCAGCUCGCCCUCACAGCAGCUGCCGCAAAAGAUUCCGCGGUACCGACUGUGCCAUGACGAGCACGCCGACGUUGACAUGGACUCAGACACGGACUCGGGUUCGGAUGGCACGGACGGGCUGGGCGAGGGGAGCGAGCUCGAUGACGACCAUGGUCUGGAAAGCCGGGCAACGUCUGUCCCCUCAACGCCCGACCAUUCACUUGGAUGCAGCGCGCUGGGUCUGCCCGAGGCCACGCGCCUCGAAGGGCUGCGACUGUAUGCGGAAGAGAGACCAGACGACGAGCACAUGGAAGACUAUGCACUUUCACCCCCGCACUCGAGAAACAACAGCGUCAACCGCACGCAGUUUGAUGGUGCCAGCGUACUGCAGGCGGAGUGGGCGGCACACAUUGCGAUGCACAAGGACAAGUCGGAAACUGUCCAUAUUGAGAAUAUUCAGAACAUUGAGCCUAUCGAAAACGCCGAACCCGUCCAAAACAUCGAACCCGCCGAAGACAUCCAAACAACCUCGACCGAUAUCGGGCAACCGCUGCCCACCGACACUACGCACGAUCCUCUAACCUUCAUCACGCUGCCCCCCGAAAUCCGUCACCAAAUCUACCGCAGCUGCGAAAACCUCGUCGUCGACAAACCGCUCGUAUACUGCAUCUCGACGUUCAACGGCGAAAUGCAACACCCGCUCGCCUCCGUCUCGCGCCUCGUACGCUCCGAAGCCCUCGCAAUAUUCUACAGCUACAACCUCUGGGUCAUCAAGGUAGAAUUCCGCAUGAUGUACGAAGCCUUCCGCGACUGGAUCAUUCGACUCGGAGAAGGCGCGGGACUCCUCCGCCUCAUCGCCUUAUCCGUGCGGGGCUCGCUGUUCAAGCCCAAGAAGAGCCAUGGACAGAGCGUACUGAUUCACGGGCAUUUGGUUCAGCUUGCGCCAGGCAUCAUCGGGCCUGCAGCAGGAUCGAGAGAGGAGCUGUAUUGUCCCCCGGACGGCGAUGCGAGUUUUAGGAUUGAUCUGAGUGAGAAGCAUGCGGGGGGCAUGGUGCAGAUUGUGAGGAAUGAUGGGACGAGCGAGGCCGGGGAGAAGGCACGGGUGUAUUUGAGUAAGAUGGUGGGGGGGCUUUGGGAGAAGAGGAGGGCGGGGACGCUCAAUGGACAGGAUUGGAUUACUAUGGUGGAUGGGUUUUUGUCGUUUAUUGGGGGGUGGUGA